UCGUACGUAAAAGUGGCAUACGAUGUCGCUCUGUUUAAUUCCGCGAAAUCAAAUCUAAAAAAAAUAGCAAUUAAUAAUCGUAGUUUUAUGAAUAAAACAAAGUGUAAAUUAAAAAAUAUUUUCGAUAUAUCAAAACGUACAAGUGAUUUUGGACAGAGGUACCACGUGCCCCAAAUAAAAAGUUUUUGUGUUUCGCGAAAGUUUUUAUUUUGCAUCGCGAUUCUAGUGUAAUGGCGAAAGAUGCGUGAUUCAGGCGGGAAUUUAGUGUUAUUUGUGAGUAUACUGUUCUGCGUCAGCGGAGGUGAAAAUGAUAUCGCAAGUGAGCAUUCCUUGGAGCUAACCCAGUCUUCAAAUUUGAGUCGUCAGGAGCUCGUACAAGAGACCUGUAGUAGGCUUUCUUUGAAGUGGAACUUGGAGGACCUGCCUCGGAGCCUUUUGGAGCACAUUUUAGUCGACGAUGAGCACAAACUCCUUUACUGUUACGUACCAAAGGUAGCAUGCACAAACUGGAAACGAAUACUCAUGAUACUGGAAGGGAAAUGGAACGACACAGAUGUUUUGUCUGUACCAGCCAGCCUCGCACAUUCUCCUGGAAUGUUCAGAAACCUCAGCACUGUAUCUAAGGAAGAGAGAGAUGUCAUGUUGGAAAAUUAUCACAAAAUGAUAAUAGUCCGGAAUCCAUUUGAGAGGCUGUUAUCUGCUUAUAGGAAUAAAUUGGAGGGCGAUCUACCCAGUGCUAAGUAUUUUCAAGAUCGCGUGGGAAGACGUAUCAUAAAGGCGUUCCGAGAGAACCCGUCAAACGAGUCCUUGGAGUACGGUCAUGACGUGACAUUCAAGGAGUUUGCCCUAUUCCUAACAAAUAACUCGAAGGAUUUAGCCGAUAUAGUCAACAACGAACACUGGCAGCCAAUCACAACCCUUUGCCAUCCGUGUCUCAUCAAAUAUACAUUAGUUGGUAAAUACGAAACGUUACUAGAUGACUCCCUACUGGCUCUGCACACGAUAAACGCUUCGCACAUACAGUUCCCACGCCUUGCGCACACAUCAGGCACCUCGGAGAAGCUGCGCAAGUAUUUCUCACAACUAGACCUACCUCUAAUAAGAAAACUGUACAAAUUUUAUAAGUACGACUAUAAGAUAUUUAAUUAUGACCUAGAUAAUAUCGUUGGAUAUGAUCUUGGAUAGUUACUGGUUGUCUGUGUUUAUCUUAGACAGCGCAGACGCAAAAUGCGUCAAUAAAUAAUGUAGGUACGUACUGUGGCAGAUCAGUAAGAAAUAAAUCAUUGUUCAAUUAGGUAUGUUUGUUAUACCUAG